AUUCUAAAAAAAUCGUAGUAAUUCGUCAUAAACAAAGUUUUUCAAAGAAAAUAAAUUAACAAUUAUUUCAUAUAAAUACGGUUUAACACACAAGAUGUUGAGUGAUGCGUCAAGUAUUGAAAACUACAGGAUAACCAAUGUGGAACCAUCAGCAUACUAUCUAUCAGAGUUCAUUACACAAGAAGAAGAAAAGUACCUCUUAUCCAACAUCUAUGCAGCACCAAAGCCAAAAUGGACACAGCUCUCCAACAGGAGAUUACAGAAUUGGGGAGGACUCCCACACAACAGGGGCAUGAUCGCAGAGGAGAUACCAAAAUGGCUCCAAAAAUACCUAAACAAUAUAAACUCCUUAAAUGUUAUGGAUGGGAAGAUGCCAAACCAUGUUUUGGUGAAUGAAUAUUUACCUGGACAAGGUAUCCUUCCUCAUUUAGAUGGAUCAUUGUUCUAUCCCACAAUAACUACCAUAUCGGUUGCUUCUCAUACUAUUUUGAAGUUUCUAGAACCUAAUUCUGCAGAGAACCCAACUUUAAAACCAGUUUUUUCAUUGUUAUUAGAACCUAGAAGUUUACUAAUUCUGAAAGAUAAACUGUUCCACUACUAUCUACAUUGUAUUGAAGAGGUGAAUGAAGAUUGCUUAGAUGAUUCUAUUGUAAAUUUGAAUAUGUGUUCUGAUAAGUAUGUUAAAGGAGUCACACUGCCUCGUGAGACAAGAAUUUCUUUGACAAUAAGACAUGUGCCAAAGACAACCAGUUUUAAAAUUAAUAUUGGAAAUAAAAGAUGAUGCAAACUUUUAAGUUUUGACAACAGAUAUCAUGCUUACUUGACCAUAAUGUGGUUUUAUUAUUUGUACAAAUCUAUAUGUGCAUAUGGAUAGGAUAUCUGUUUUGCAGUUUCAUGCUUAAAAUAAGCCAAUGAUAUGGUACUGCUUGCAAAAUGUAGUCUUCUUACAUAAAUAUAAUGUCUGAAAAUUCUCAUCAAUAUCAGUUCAGCUGAUCUAAAGAUUAAGCUGGCUUAUGAGUUAU